AUGAAGUCUUGGCUAAAAAUAUCUUGCGUGCUCUGCGUAUUCGGUUUCCUGCGGGAAAUGCGACCGUCAGAGCCAUACCACGCUGAAAUCCUGGUGAGCGAAUGGUAUCAAUUCACCGCCGACGAAGUGAACCGUUUUGUCUACCCAGUCGGCUGCUACUCCCAGUUGGCGCUACUAAUCGUUGUAUUUCUCAUAACGGAUUUUCUAAGAUAUAAGCCAUUAAUUAUUGCCAACGCUGCCGCUGGAGUCGUUAUCUGGACCGCAUGGAUCUUUACCACCACCCUUCCUGUCUUACAGGGCACGGAAGUGCUCUAUGGCUUUUAUUCAGCUACUGAGGUGGCCUACUAUUCGUUUAUCUACGCCAAGGUGGAGAAGCAAUACUAUCCGAAGGUAACUUCACAUACCAGAGCGGCCACUUUCGUGGGAAAACUAGUUGCCGGGUUUCUAUCGCAACUUGUUAUAGGAAUGAAAUGGAUGAACCUCCAGGAACUCUUUUAUAUCACCCUAAGUCCUCAAGUUCUAGCAUUUAUAUGGGCUUUCUUCCUGCCCAGAGUGGAAAAAAGCUUGUACUUCCACAACAAGAUCGAGGCUAUCCAAGGAAAUAUCAAGUCAGAUGCAAAUGGCUUGGAAAAUGCUUCUGAGCCUAGAAAAGAACUGAAUUCAGAAAGUAAAAAUAUACCUUUUUCAAAGAAAAUCAACCAGGCCUUGGAACUAAUUUGGCUUCAUUUUCGAAGUGCCUACACAAAUCCGUUGGUGGUACAAUGGAGUCUCUGGUAUGCUGUUAACUAUGCUGGCUAUCAGCAGAUCACCACCUAUAUGCAAGUGGCAUGGAACUCUUUUGAUGACAAGCCAGUUACCAUUUGGAACGGAGCUGUAGACGCCGCAUUAACUUUCUUAAGUGCUGUUUUUGCAAUUCUGGCCGGAUAUCUUCAUGCUGGACGUUUUAAGCCCAAGACCAGUUUAAUUGGAAUGGCGUUGUUGUCGAUUUUGGAGGGCUGUUGUGUACUCCUAACAUGCUGGCCAAAGAACAUAUAUUGGUCCUACAUUGGUUUUGUGCUUUACGGCGCCAUAUUUGCUUUUGCUAUUACUAUGGCUAGCUCCGAGUUGGCAAGCAGUUUGGAAGAGGACAGUUUUGCAUUGAUCUUUGGCUUCAACACCUUUGUGGCCCUCCUCCUGCAGUGCAUCUUGACUCUUGUGGUUAUAUCGGAAACCAUAGGCUUGAAUCUCAGUGUUUCUCAACAGUACUCCGUGUAUGCAUUCUAUUAUAUAGUUCUAGGAUUUGUAUAUCUCGUAGCGAUUUCGUUACGAGGUGCCUUAACAUGCUUGAAGGGUAAAAAACAAUCGAAAUCAGAAGCAUAAUUCUCCGU